GAAAAGAAAAGUGAAAGAGCCCAAUGAAGCUAGCUAGCUACCCCAACAUAAAAAUUGAAAAUUGAAGCGUACUGAUCCAUGCAUGAAAAUUGAAAUUACAUUUGUUUUAAAUUUCUUCUCUUGUUGAUUUUAUCUUUGACUACCCCAACAUGAGGAACUGCAUAUCUUGCCAGAUCAAGGCCAAGGUCGAGCAGCGCAACGAGGACCUCAACGCCAAGCUCGCUUUUCUCACGAUGCCCCAGCCGGCUUCCUUUUCCGACGUCGUUCUGUUUGCCGACGACGAUGACGAGCACCCCGUACCCGUUCCGGCCCAUAAGGCUGUUUUGGCGAACCGUUCUCCAGUGUUGAGAGCCAUGCUUGAUAAUGAGAUGAAAGAAAGCCUGAGUGGCACCAUCAAGAUUGGCGAUGUCUCCUACGAUGCCCUUCGCGCCUUCAUCAACUACCUCUACACAGCUGAGGUAUGCCUCGACCAGCAAUUGGCCUGUGAGCUCCUUGUAAUGUCUGAAAAAUUCCUGGUGCAACAUCUCAAAGACUUCUGCCAGAAAUUCUUGGUGUCCAACCUCAACUUGGACAAUUCACUUUCGACCUACACCUUUGCGCACCAGCAUAACUUUAAGCCGAUCAUCGACGCAGCCUUGACGCAGAUCACAGCCAGCAUGGACAAGCUUGCUUCCCAGGACGAGUACACGGUGCUGAAGGGGAGAGAUCUGGGACUCUUAUUAGAAAUCUAUGAAGCUUAUUUUUCCAAACAAGCUGACACUACAAUGUAUAUUUGAGGUCUGACUGUAAUUAUGCCAAACCUCAGUGGGUCUAAGAGAAAUUCUUGCUUAAAAUAUAUAUUUGAUAGAAUUUAAAUA